AUGAAGUACCAACGCCUCGCCUUUUUGGGUGUUGCUGCCCUGAGUGCCGCUGCAUCGGUCUCUGCCAAUCCGCUCUUCCAGCGCGAAGAGGAGGGCCAAUGCCCCCCGGGAUACACCGCGAGUGUGUACUAUAAGACAAUCACUCUCCAGCCCUCUUCAACCGCGGCGGUUGAGCCCACGACUGCUUCCGCCGUCGUAUCCACCUCGGCCCCUGCGUUCAAGCCGACCUCUACCACAUCGGCUGGCCUGGUUCCUGGCGGAAAUGAAGGACAAUGCCCCUCAGGAUACACUGCGAGUGUCUACUACAAGACUGUCACUCUCCAGCCCUCUUCAUCCGCGGCGGCUGAGCCAACCUCUGCUUCCGCCGUCGAAUCAACCUCGGCCCCCGCGGUCGAGUCCACCUCUACUUCAUCUGUUGACCAGGUCACGACCCUGCACUUGUCUUCCACAACCACCCUGACUGAAGUUGUGACCGCAACGCCAGUGGCCGUCACCACAAGCUCUGCCAUCGAGAGUGCUGCUCCAGUCGCUACUACGACGUCCAUUGCCGAAGUCUCCCCAGUUGCCGAAACGACCGUUGCUGAGGCUGCUACUUCUACGUCAAUUUCCUCGACUUCGACUUCGUCCUCAACAUUUGUUGCUGAGGUGACAACAGUCAAGGAAGUCAAUGUCGCCGCAACCACUGCUGCUGCUGCUCAGCCUACCACUGAGGCUGCUGCGACUACUGAGGCUGCUGUGACUACUGAGGCUGCUGUGACCACUGAGGCUGCUGCGACCACCGAGGCUGCCGCGACUACUGAGGCUGCUGUGACCACCGAGGCUGCCGCGACUACUGAGGCUGCGACCACCCAGGCGGCUGCUGCCACUACCGUCGAGGAGUCCAAGCCCACUACUACAAGCACGACCGCUGCUAGCGUCGCGACCUCUUCUGCCUCCAGCUCCACCAGCAGUUCCAGCUCUAGCUCCACCGCCAGCAGCUCCAGCAGUGCCCUGAGCUCCGAUUACUCCGGCGAAGCCACCUUCUACGGCGGCAACGUCUCCGGCGGAACCUGCUCUUUCACCGACUACACCAUCCCCUCCGGCCUCUACGGCACUGCCCUCUCCUCCCAACGUUGGUCCGACGCAGCUGAAUGUGGUGUUUGUGUCGAGGUCACUGGCCCCAGCGGCAACAAGAUCAAGGCCAUGAUCGUCGACGAAUGCCCCGAGUGCGACUCCAACCACCUCGACCUCUUCGAGGACGCCUUCGCCGAACUGGCCGACAUCUCCAAGGGCGUCAUCAGCAUCGACUGGGAAUACGUCGCCUGCGGUAUCACCACCCCCAUUGAACUCGUCAACAAGAGCGGUACCUCCGCCUACUGGUUCGCCAUGCAAGUCGUCAACUCCAACGAGCCCGUCACCAAGCUCGAGGUCAGCACCGACGGCGGCAGCACCUGGCAAUCCACCACCAGAUCCUCCUACAACUACUUCGAGAACCAGAGCGGUUUCGGCACCGACACCGUUGAUGUCCGUGUCACCGCCCAGUCCGGCUCUCAAAUCACCGUCAACAACGUCAGCGUCUCGUCUGGCUCCUCCGUCACUGCUUCUUCCAACUUCGCGUAG